AUGGUUCCGCUUUGCUUCGAGAAAUCACGAUGGGCGGUGGUGGCCACAUUAGCCGUGCUCAAGGCUGGUGGUUCGUUUGUUCCUCUGGAUACAUCUCAGGCCGCAAGUCGAAGAGACACGAUCCUGACAUGCAUAGAAGCAAAGGUGAUAGUUACAUCAGCGCAAUAUGCUUCAACGCUUGCUGCUGCUGAUCGUAUUAUAAUACCCGUGGAUGAUGCAAGUAUCAGGGCUUUACCCAUGGUGGCCCCCUCUCCAACGUCUGGCGGGCAGGCCUCGUCUCCAGCCUACGUAUUCUUCACGUCUGGAAGCACCGGACAGCCAAAGGGGGUCGUUGUAGACCAUGGCGCCCUCAGCACCAGUUGCCUCUCCCAUGGGUCGAAGAUGGGGUUCAACGAACAGACAAGAAUGUUUCAAUUUACAGCAUAUACCUUUGACAUAAGCCUUAUGGAAAUUUUCACGACACUCAUAUACGGGGGUUGUAUCUGUGUACCCUCCGACGCUGACAGAUUCACUGAUCUGGAGCUGAGCGCUGACACGAUGAAGGUUAAUGCCGUCUCUCUGACUGCGUCCGUGGCAAGACUUGUUGAACCAUGCCGCAUCCCUUCUGUGCAAAAAAUUAUCUUUGUAGGGGAAAACGCAACUGACGAUGAUUUCAAAAGGUGGGCACACCUUCCUGAGAUAUUCGACGCAUAUGGUCCCACCGAAUGCACCAUCUUCUGCUCGAUCAACAAGGUCCAGGUCAGCCACGGUGGUGGCUCUCAUAUCGGCAAGGCUGUCGGCUCAGUAUCCUGGGUCGUGUCUCCGGAUGAUCAUAACCAGCUGGCGCCGAUUGGAGCCGUCGGAGAACUACUUGUGGAGGGGCCAAUCCUAGCUCGAGGCUAUCUAGGCGAUGUGGAAAAAACAUCAGCGGUCUUCAUCGAGGAUCCCCCUUGGUUAGUACAGGGCAUUGCUGGUCACCCUGGCAGACGAGGCCGACUUUACAAGACUGGUGAUUUAGUGCGGUAUAACGAGGACGGUAGCUUGAUCUACUACGGGCGAAAAGACACUCAGACUAAGAUCCGUGGCCACCGUGUGGAAUUAGGCGAAGUGGAAUGUCACGUAUGCGACUGCGUGGCCGGGGUGAACCAGGCAGUAGUGGUGGCUACUGCUCCGGACGCAGGGGGUGUUGGAUCUGUGUUGGCGGCUUUCCUGUGCUUUGCUGAUGCGAAACAUUCAGCGGAACUUGAAGACGAUGUCCGUGCCAUUACAAUCCCAUGGUCGACAAAGGACACUCUGGCAGAUCGCUUGCCACCGUACAUGAUGCCCAGCAUAUAUCUUGCCAUUGGGCAGUUCCCACUCAAUACCUCUGGCAAGAUGGAUCGUCGUCGCCUUCAGCAUAUCGCCACAAAUCAUUUCCAAAGCCGGCUGGCCAAUGGAGGAAUGAACAAAACCGAGCAACAGCAGAAUGGCCUCGGAUAUCCUCCAUCAUCUCUACCCUCAACAUUCCGUGACUCCUCAAAUGAGACGGAAAAACGGCUAAGAGAAGCUUGGGCGACGGUUCUUGGAGUUCAGAGCGAGACCAUCAGUGUCGAUGACAACUUUUAUGAUCUUGGUGGGGACUCUAUUCGAGUCAUCAGCCUGAUGAGGCUCAUCCAGAAUGAAUUUGGUAUUCAUUUGGCCUCUUCACUGAUCAACAGCCGCAAUACAACAAUUGCCAAGAUAUCACAGUUCAUUGAUACGAAGUCAGAGGCCGCGACAUUGGACUUGGAGGGAGAGAUAGAGGCCUCAUUGUCCUCCACCUGGACAGACGCAGUCUCUCAGCCAUGGUUCAACCCAUCCAAGCUCGUUGAUGCACCGGUCAAUGUAUUUCUCACUGGCGGAACGGGGUUUCUCGGUACCCAGAUUCUGCGUUGUCUCCUAUCGUCCAAUAAAGUUGAGCGAAUUGCUACUCUUGUACGUGCCGCCUCUGCUGGUCAAGGGUUAGAAAGGUUGAAAAAGACCGCAGCCGUCGCAGGGUGGUGGAGAACUGAGUACGAAAAACGCAUCGAGGUGUGGACAGGAGAUCUCGGCCUUCCCAAACUAGGGCUGAGUGACCCCCAGUGGCAGCGGUUGUCAGGGACGGCAGCAGUCGACAACAUCGAGGCAAUCAUUCACAAUGGCGCUGUUGUAAAUUGGAACAUGGACUACGAUAGCCUCCGGGCACCCAACGUGCUGUCUACCAUCGAUCUUCUCAAGACUGCAGCUAUGUCCCGUUCUUCGCGACGAUUUGUCUUUGUGUCUGGAGGUACCAUAGCCGAAUUGGAUGUUAGCCGGGGCAAUACUGCCGCUUUUGACCAGAUAAGCAGAAGCAAUGGGUACAUUCAAAGUAAAUUUGUUGCAGAGGCUAUUGUCCGUCGCUUUGUCUCUCAGCUACCGCUUUCUCAGAAUCGGUUUUCGGUCAUCAAACCGGGCAUGGUAAUCGGAACUACCGAGGAAGGGGUUGCGAACCUCGACGACUUCAUCUGGAGGGUUGUUGCCGCUGCUUCACGGCUACAGUUGUAUCCCUUAGAGACCGAAGAAAGCUGGGUGCCAAUCACAGACGCAGGGUUUAUUGCAACACAGACUGUUGCUCAGGUCCUUUCGAACGAUAUCGACAUCUCGUCAUAUGUCAAUAUCGCCAACAAGUUUGGCCUACGCGCUUCCGACUUUUGGGAGCAGGUAAAUUCUGAGCUGCGGCAUACAUGCGAGCCAGUCCGGUGGUCUCUCUGGGUCGAGCGAGCCCUGAACGAUACAAAUCAAGUUGGCGAAAGCCAUCCGCUUUGGCCGGUGCAGCAGUUUGUGAAGGGGAAAAACACGGCAUUUCGAUAA